AUGGCUCGAUACAAUAAUGGCUCCAAGAGGCCUCCGGGGCCGAAGAAACCGCCCUUGACGCAUUUUCUGUGCGUUCCAUUGGUCUCCGAAGCCUCGAGACCGCACCUCGAGCAAUCACUGCAACGCUUUCAGACCGAGGCCUCCGUGCAAGGUGACAGUGACAAUCAGCGUGGCGCGGUAUCGGGAACAACGAUUGCAAAUGAAACCAAUGAAUACGCUACCCCCCACAUCCAUCCCAAAGCCUUCCGGCCGGUUGGCGCUUUACAUUGUACGCUGGGUGUCAUGAGCCUGAAGAGCGAGAAAUUAGCAGAGGCAGUCACUUUCCUCGAAUCUCUCGACGUAUCGGCUCUCCUCAAAGACGCAUGCACCAGUCAAGCGCCCACUGAAGCCGUUGCUCUAGAGACUGCGCAUGAACCACUUGUGGUCAACUUGAUAGGUCUCGAAUCAAUGCAUCCGCCGCAGAAGACUUCAAUCUUGUACUCUGCGCCAUCAGAUCCUACUGGCAGGCUCUAUACCUUUUGCUUGGCUGUGCAGAAGGAAUUCAGCCAGAAGGGCUUUCUUGUGGAGGACGAUCGAGAGCUGAAGCUGCAUGCAACAAUCGUGAAUACGAUCUACGCAAAAGGAAAAAAGCGGCCUAUGAAACGCACCCCAACUUCCACGCCCACGGCAUCGGCCUCCACGAGCCUUGGCGCAGACAAGACGGGUGGGCAUGCAGACGGGUCUCUCGAGACGACUGGCCGUUCUCAAGGCCACGGACCUGAUGCAGAUGCGCCGCUCAAGAUGGAUGCUCGAGCGCUGCUGGAGAGGUACAAAGAUCACGUGUGGGCACCUGCUUUUACGCUGACAAAGUUGGCAAUCUGCGAAAUGGGCGCGAAGAAGGUCACAGACGCCCAAGGCAAUGUCGUCGGAGAGCAGUAUACAGAAGUUGCCAGCGUUGCAUUGCCCACCGUGCCUACGGGUUGA